AUGGAGAAUAAUGGUCGAGUAUGCACCAUUUGCAAUAGGUUUUUUUCUAAUGGGAAGGCUUUGGGAGGCCACAUAAAGUCCCACUAUUCCAAAUUACCAAUCCCUCCAAAACCUCCAUUAAAUAGUCAAAUACCUGAAUAUUCGAUAGUGUCAACCCAACAUUCAAAUCAGUUCAUCACCACACCUUCCUUAUCAACUGCCAAUACAAGAAAUAACUCUAUACACAAUCUUAGAUCUUUGAAAAGAAACUUCUAUUAUAACCUAGAAAACUUUGGUAGGAAAACCAUGUUUGAGUUUUAUCCAAAAAACCCAACUGGAAAAAGAUCAAAACGCAGUCGUAGAAAAUUCAAUGUGGUUGAAGAGAAAGAAAAGAAAACCCAAUUUAGUGUGGCUGAAGAAAGAGAAGAGAAUGCACAAUUUAACGUGGCUGAAGAAAAUGAAGAGAUUACACAAUUUCAAUUAGUGUAUGAUGAUUUUGAUAUGGAAGCUGCUAAAACACUGGUUAUUAUUUGUGCAAAAGAAUGGCAACAAAUCGAGGAGAAAUACUAUCAAAAUAAGGAAAAAAAUUUGUGA